GGCGUUUAAAAAACAGGAGGAGAGUGAAGAUAUAAAGAUGAUGUUUAUUAAAGAGGAGACAGAAGAUAUGAAGAUUGAGUUUAAUAAAGAGGAGUUUGAAGAAAUAAAGAUUGAAGAAACAUUCAGUGUGAAAUAUGAAGAAACUGAGGAACAAACAGACCUAAUGGCACUGAGAGAGGCGAGUCAUGAACUUAAUGAAAGGGAUGAAGAGAAAAUUAUAAAUUAUAAUUAUAAUUUAAUGACUGAAAAAAAAAACAAAGAGAGAGAAAAUCAACAAAGAGAAAAAUCAACAAAGUUUUCCUUACAAAAAGGAGCUCAAAAGACUGGAACUAAAAGUUAUUUCACAUGCCAACAGUGUGGAAAGACUUUUGAUCAACAUAGAAACUUUCAAGUCCACUUGAGAGUUCACACUAGAGAGAGUCCCUUCACUUGCCAACAGUGUGGAAAGAGUUUCACACAUAAAAAUCACCUUAAAGUUCACAUGAGAAUUCAUACUGGAGAGAAACCCUUCCCCUGCCAACAGUGUGGAAAGAGUUUCAGUCAAAAAGGAAGCCUUGAAAUCCACAUGAGAAUUCACACUGGAGAAAAGCCUUACACCUGCCAAGAGUGUGGAAAGAGUUUCAUUAGAAAUGAAAACCUUAAAGUCCACAUGAGAAUUCACACUGGAGAAAAGCCUUUCACCUGCCAACAGUGUGGAAAUGGUUUCCGUGAAAAAGGAAACCUUACAGCCCACAUGAGAACUCACACUGGAGAAAAACCUUUCACCUGCCAACAGUGUGGAAAGAGUUUCAUUAGAAAUGAAAACCUUAAAGUCCACAUGAGAAUUCACACUGGAGAAAAGCCUUUCACCUGCCAACAGUGUGGAAAGAGUUUCAUUAGAAAUGAAAACCUUAAAGUCCACAUGAGAAUUCACACUGGAGAAAAGCCUUUCACCUGCCAACAGUGUGGAAAUGGUUUCCGUGAAAAAGGAAACCUUACAGCCCACAUGAGAACUCACACUGGAGAAAAGCCUUACACCUGCACUCUGUGCGGGAAUGGCUUCACAGAGGAACGAAUCCUCACGCAACACAUGAGAAUUCACACUAGAGAGAGCCCAUUCACCUGCCAACAAUGUGGAAAGAGUUUCAUCAGAAAUGAAAACCUUAAAGUCCACAUGAGAAUUCACACUGGAGAAAAGCCUUACACCUGCCAACUGUGUGGAAAGAGAUUUAAUGAGACAGGAAACCUUAAAAUCCACUUGAGAAUUCACACUGGAGAGAAACCUUUCACCUGCCAGCAAUGUGGAAAGAGUUUCAGUCAAAAAGGACACCUUAUAGACCACAUGAGAGUUCACACUGGAGAGAGCCCAUUCACCUGCCAACAAUGUGGAAAGAGUUUCAUUAGAAAUGAACACCUUAAAGUCCACAUGAGAACUCACACUAGAGAAAAACCUCAUACCUGUCAAGAGUGUGGAAAGAGUUUCAGUCAAAAAGGAAACCUUAUAGCCCACAUGAGAAUUCACACUGGAGAAAAGGCUUAUACCUGCCAACAGUGUGGAAAGAGUUUCAGUAAAAAAAGAAACCUUAUAGUCCACAUGAGAACUCACACUGGAGAAAAGCCUUAAGCUUUGAUUCAUUAUUUUCUAAAAUCAAAAUAAAAUUGAACAGCUCAAUAUUGUAAUAAAUCAAGGUCAACAUAACAGCCUCUUAAAUGUUAAAAGCGUGAAACGCUCACAGUUCAAAAAGCUUACGCUACGUCCUAUGCCUUCUCUAUAAGUUGUUUGCACAUGACGUCAGUGCUGCACGCGAAAUGCGGCAGGUGGGCAAGGAGUGAUUUUAUUAUAUAGGAAUCAAAAUUCCUAUUUUUUGCAUUGUUAUAGUUGCUCAAAUCUAUCAAACCGAGAAACCACAAUGAGCUUUUACCAUUUAUGUAACUUGUAUAGUUUUUUUUUUUUUUUUUUUACUUUUUAAAAUAUAAUUUUGUGUCUGCUGAUACUGAAAUGAAUA